GGGAGAUCUCAAUAUAUAGAGAGACGACUCGCACUGGAUCACUCUGUCUGAGAUGACUACCAUGAUGAAGGUGAUCGCUGUGUGUGUCCUGCUGGUGGCAGUCCUGUCACACGGUAAGGAGGACUAAGGGGACAAAGACACCUAUGGGGGCAAAGAGCUAGCAGAGGGAGCACACACCAAAACAAACGCCAACACCCCUUCUCCAGUGAGUCCCCACUCAGUUCUCACACUAGUCUUAGCUCAUCAGGAACAAAUAUAGAGAGAACCUUAGCCUGUCUCAUAUCAGACUGAUCUCAACCAUAAGAACAGCCCAGAGCUGAAAUGUCCGCAAGUUCUCUAUGUAUGAGAGAUUCAGAAACCCCAGACCAUCAUUUUUACAUUCACUCUGUAAUGGCACAAGUUAGGUAGCCAGAGGGGAAAGAGCUGGGAGGGGAUAAAUGCAGUGAGUAGAAAAGAGCCAGGAGGGGAGAAAUACAGCAAGCAAGGUGUGUGUGGGGGAGGAGCUGGGGAGCAGAAAGGGAGCGAGGGAAAAGAGCCGGGAGGGGAGAAAAUCACUUUAGUUGGAAAGAGCUAGGAAGGUAAAAAGGCAGGCAUGGGGGAAAGCUGGGAGGGGGAGAAAGAGGCAUGGAGGGGGAUAAAGACCCAGGAGGGGAAAAAGGCAGGAAGGGAGGAAAAGAGCUGGGAGAGGAGAAAGGCGGUGGGAGGGAGGGGGGUGGAAGAGCUGGGAGAGUAGAAAGGCGGUGGAGAGUGGGGGGUGGAAGAGCUGGGAGAGGAGAAAGCUACAGAGGUGGGAAGGCAGAAGCCAGAGGAGUUGCAGGGGAUAUUUACACAUUAAUAUGAAAGUGUUCCCUUAUGCAGGGUGGCAGGAGAACAGUCCCUUAUACAGAGCUAUCUCUGGGUACAGAGAACGUUCUAUACAAAGUAAUGGGAAGGUGAGCAUAUAAGGAAAUCUCUCACUGUGAUGGGUAAGAAUGCUGUGAGAGGUGUUGGUUGUUAUUUAUCAAUACAUCACUGAUUACAUUGCAUUUUAUCUACAGGUGCUGAAGUAGCAUCUCCAAAAGAGACUAGUGAGUGAAAACUUCACAAUCAUUGUCCAUCGUACAGAGAGAUCAGAGAUAGGAUCCAUUGUAUAGAGAGAGAUCAGAGAGAAUCCAUUGUAGAGAGAGAGAUCGGAGAGAGGAUCCAUUGUAUAGAGAGAGAUCAGAGAGAGGAUCCAUUGUAUGGUGAGAGAUCGGAGAGAGGAGCCAUUGUAUAGAGAGAGAUCGGAGAGAGGAUCCAUUGUAUAGAGAGAGAUCAGAGAGAAUCCAUUGUAGAGAGAGAGAUCGGAGAGAGGAUCCAUUGUAUAGAGAGAGAUCAGAGAGAGGAUCCAUUGUAUAGAGAGAUCAGAGAGAGGAUCCAUUGUGUGGGUACAGAGAACGUUCUAUACAAAGUAAUGGGAAGGUGAGCAUGUAAGGAAAUCUCUCACUGUGAUGGGUAAGAAUGCUGUGAGAGGCGUUGGUUGUUAUUUAUCAAUACAUCACUGAUUACAUUGCAUUUUAUCUACAGGUGCUGAUGUAGCAUCUCCAAAAGAGACUGGUGAGUGAAAACUUCACAAUCAUUGUCCAUCGUACAGAUCAGAGAUAGGAUCCAUUGUAUAGAGAGAGAUCGGAGAGAGGAUCCAUUGUAUAGAGAGAGAUCGGAGAGAGGAUCCAUUGUAUAGAGAGAGAUCGGAGAGAGGAGCCAUUGUAUGGUGAGAGAUCGGAGAGAGGAGCCAUUGUAUAGAGAGAGAUCGGAGAGAGGAUCCAUUGUAUAGAGAGAGAUGAUCCAUCGUAUAGAGAGAGAUCGGAGAGAGGAUCCAUUGUAUAGAGAUCAGAGAGAGGAUCCAUUGUGUAGAGAGAGAUCGGAGAGAGGAUCCAUCGUGUAGAGAGAGAUCGGAGAGAGGAUCCAUCGUGUAGAGAGAUUAGAGAGGGGAUCCAUCGUAUAGAGAGAUGAGAGAUGAUCCAUUGUAUAGAGAGAGAUCAGAGAGAGGAUCCAUUGUAUAGAGAGAUCAGAGUGAGGAUCCAUUGUGUAGAGAGAGAUUGGAGGGAGGAUCCAUCGUAUAGAGAGACCAGAGAGAAGAUCCAUCGUGUAGACAGACAUCAGAGAGAGGAUCCAUCGUAUAGAGAGAUCAGAGAGUGGAUCCAUCGUAUAGAGAGAUCAGAGAGUGGAUCCAUCGUAUAGAGAGAUCGGAGAGAGGAUCCAUCGUAUAGAGAGAGAUCAGAGAGUGGAUCCAUCGUAUAGAGAGAUCGGAGAGAGGAUCCAUCAUAUAGAGAGAGAUCAGAGAGAGGAUCCAUCGUAUAGAAAGAGAUCAGAGAGAGUAUCCAUUGUAUAGAGAGAUCUCUACAGAGACGGUAUGUUUAGCAAGUUCCGUGUUCUCUUUAUAUUAGGUUUUAAGUGCCAUUACUGUAAAAAUCCAGAAGAAUGCUUGAGGAAUAAUUCCACAGUUUGUGACCCAGGGGAGACAGUGUGCAUGAGAUCUCAUAGAAACAUCACAGAUCCUGAUGGAAAUGCUAACAACAGUGAUUAUCCAAAUGUAAAGGAUAUACUAGGUAAGAAAUCCUGUCUCCUACACCCCAUUAUCUCUCACUGGUAGGAUACCCUCUAACCCUGUCUCCUACACACCGUUAUCUCUAACUGGUUGGAACCUCUCUAACCCCGUCUCCUGCACCCCAUAAUCUCUCACUGGUAGGAUCCCCUCUAACCCCGUCUCCUGCACCCCAUAAUCUCUCACUAGUAGAAAACCCUAAAACACCCAUCUACUGCACCACAUUAUCUCUCACCGAUACUAACCCUUCUGACCCCAGUCUCCUGCACACCAUUAUCUCUAACUGGUUGGAACCUCUCUAACCCCAUCUCCUGCACCCCAUAAUCUCUCACUGGUAGGAUCCCCUCUAACCCCAUCUCCUGCACCCCAUUAUCUCUCACUGGUAGGAUCCCCUCUAACCCCAUCUCCUGCACCCCAUUAUCUCUCACUGGUAGAAAACCCUAAAACAUCCAUUUACUGCUCCCAUAACCUCUCACCAAUACUAACCCUUCUAACCCCAGUCUCCUGCACUGGUACAAACCCCUGUAACUCCUGUAUCCUGCACCCCAUUAUCUAACCCCAUUCUCCUUGUUUCCCUCAGUUUUGGAGCGGACAUGCUUCACUAAAGAUGGAUGUGACAUAUAUAAAAAGAAAAGCAAAUUGUUUACAGUAAAGUGUUGCAUGGAGCCUUUCUGUAAUGCCUGAACCUGGUGUGGAUAUUCCUCAACAUAUACCUCGGGCCCCUGGGUACUGUAGUAAAAUGGGGACCCUCCUGAGUAGAGCAAUAUGUCCAUUCAAUAAAAACAAAUAAUCCUAUCUGUGUGUUAUUGGUCAUUGUUAAUAUAUUGGGGGGAUGGUC